AUGGACAUUGAAGCGAAAAGGAAACAUUGUGGACUCUUAAUGUUCGAUGUGCCAAUAAUAUCUAGGUUAUCAACAAACAACGAUGACGCUGGCGUACCUCCCACGUCAAAUUCUCAAAGUACCGUCGGUUCACUGGAAAUAUGCAAUCAAUCUAUGCCACAGAAUUGCGUCCCACGUUCUCCAAAUUAUCCUGUGACCGUUCUGUCCGCUGGUGCUGCAACUGGAAAUGACCAGAGCACCGUACAGAAUGCUCCUGAUUCACUCGACAGCAGCAGCGAGGAUGGUGGUAAGACACGGCAACCACCCAAGAGAUCACCACCUAGACCACCGAAUGCAUUCAUCUUGUAUCGAAAAGCCAAACAACCAGGGAUCAUCGCCUCUCACAAGCAUCUCACGAAUGCAGAAAUUUCGAAAAAAAUCUCCGACAUGUGGAAAAGCGAAUCCAACGAGACCAUCCUAAUGUGGGAAAGGUUGGCGGAUCAGAAGAAGUUGGAACACAUGCAAACCUACCCAAAUUAUGUAUACUGUCCCAACAAAAACCGUUCCAAGGUUGAUAAGAGAAAGCAACGGAGGCGUUCAUCGAAAAAGGAUUCGCCCAUCAGCACCGGUCCGGUGAGGAGAAAAUCCACGAAGAAUUCCACCGAAAAGACUUCGGACUCUCCCUCCCCUGAGACGGUGACCAAUUUAAAUGUAUUCGGCGCGCAACCACCAUCAAUCAGCAUGUCGCAUCAGCAACACAAUGUUCAUUCGCAUAAUGAUUCGGUGCCUUCUUACACAAUUCUUUCGAGUCCCGAGAUUCCCUUGUUCACGGAAAACCCCGAGGAAUUCGUCAAUUCGCAGAAACCACUUGCACCAACCACACCGAUUACCCCGAACGCACCUCUAACCCCGAUUUCACCUCACCAUAUCCAGUUGCGCGAUAACGAAUUCAAUAAAAUCCGUCAUCAAUAUGGAGAUCAAUUUUUGCGCUACGGCCCAGAAGACUUGCAUCCACACGCAUACCAACCUCCUCAACACCAUCAUGGCAACAAUCACAAUUUCCCGUUCACUUCCGUCAACGGGCUGACCCCCUUCUACAAUGCCAACGGAUUUUCACACCCGAUUGACCCGUUAUGCUGCUUGAUUCCCGAAGUGAUACAGACGCAGCAACAUAUGAUGUCGGAGGCGAUGCUCCACCAUGAUCAACAACCUCACUCCAAUUCCGUCACGCCGUCGAAUGGUUCUCCUGGCCCCAAUGCGAGAACCGCGCUCUACCAGUAUAUUCACCAAAAUAGCGGAAAUGGCGUUAACGGUAACCCCACAAACUCUGUGGUCGGUAACCCUUCUCUUGACGAGAUACUCGCUGGAUUCGAGUGUCAAAAUUAUAUGAAUGAUUCUGUGAACCAUCAUCAUCAAUACUUUCAUUGA